AUGUCCCCCGAACACGUGGUGAGCCGCUUCCGGGUUCGUCCAGCUGAGCCGCGGGACUGCCCCGAAAUCCUGCGUCUCAUUAAAGAACUAGCUGCGUACGAAAACAUGCCCAAUGCAGUAAAAAUAACAGAAACAGAUUUACUUCACGAUGGAUUUGGAGCACAUCCUUUCUUCCACUGUUUAGUUGCAGAGGUAUCAAAGCAAGAGGAUAUGCAAGAUGCUGAUGUGGUAGGAUUUGCUAUGUAUUACUAUACCUAUGACCCUUGGAUUGGCAGGUUAUUGUACUUAGAAGACUUCUACGUCAUGGAUGAAUUUAGAGGUUGGGGCAUUGGGACAGAACUCUUGAAACGAUUAAGCCAGAUAGCCAUCGAAACCCGGUGUAAUUGCAUGCAUUUCCUUGUUGUCGUUUGGAACAAACCAUCCAUAGAGUACUAUAUGAGGCGUGGGGCUUCUGACCUUUCCACUGAAGAAGGCUGGCAUCUUUUCCGAUUUGACAAAGAAAACCUUAUCAGAAUGGCUUCCGGAGAAUAAGGAGGACGGCUGCCGUUGUACUCCUCCCAAUUGCGGAGUGCUGCAAAGACCAUCCGGUUCGCAAAACUUCCCUCGCAAUAAAGCUUCCUGCUACACCGUGUCUGUGAAGCAGGAUUAGCAUGAACAACAACAGAAAUUAAAAGCGU